AUGGCUGCACCCAAAGUAACCACAUUUUCUAAGCCAUCGGGUGAUGACAAAACUAAAGGCUCACAAGAUGAUGAAAGAAAACUACCGAUACAAAAGAAAAUGUUCUUGCUGGAUAAACGAACUUCCAAGGAAGCUAUUCCUUCGACCCGGCUUAGCUAUUAUGAAUAUAUUGAUAUGGAGGUGCAACGAGCAUUGGACAUUCGUGAUUAUUUGAAAAUUGAAGAAACAAUCGAUGGUGAAGUGUUGGAUGUAACACCCAAACCAAUUGAGGUGCCAUACGAUACAGAGGGAUAUAAAAAAUUGAAACAAAAAGUGUCAUGCAUUCAAAAACGCCGAGGCGAUUCGGGUGGAUUUAAGGGAACUGCAAGUUCGAUACUGAGAGCCAAGUCAAGUCGUGGUGUUGGUUUUCAUCUAUCAAUGGAGGAUAUUGUCACAGGGAUUGGCAGCGAGCGGAUGCUUACGGACUUGCGAACUUCCACCGCCAUAUCACCAUACAUCGACAUAUCCAGUUCAUCCUCCUCCUCGUCCAUCGAAGAUAAAACCGAAAAAGAUAUAAAAACAAAAUUCAAUUUACCCUUCAUACGAGUGGUUCUCCGUAAGACCGAACUUAUUUUACUUUACGAACAACAAAGCAUGACAGCCAUUAAGAAUACCGAAGAUGGCAACUAUGCAGAAAAAGAUAAUAAGGAAUAUGAUUAUUUGACCAUAGGAAAGGGAAAGGUGCGGCGGCGAUCCGAUGCUGAAACCCAGACUAAUGAUAGUCUCUUUAAAUCGCGUAAAGUGAAUACAAUUCGCAAAGAUACGACAGAUACUGGUAGUUAUGUUUCAUAUUUUGAAAUGUUUGAUACUUAUCGGAAACUUGAAGAAGUGGAUCCAUUUGCUUUGGAGGAUCAGGAAGAUAAAACCGAAAAAGAAAACAUUACAAAAUUGUCGCGAGAACAACAAUUUGCUGCCAUAGUGAAAUUACCCUCCUUCCAUUGGGCCAGCACGGUUUUGAAACGUCUGUUGGCCGGCAAUAAUUUCGAAACUGCUCAAAGAAGAUUCCGCAAUAUGGAUUCCAUUCCACUCACAAUUUCGAAUAUAAAUUAUAAAUAUUCCCUGCAGAAUUUAUUUACCAUACAACCGUAUGCUCCCGAUAAUGAACGUAGAGCUGUAUCCGAUAUGAGUUUCUGCUAUUCGAAUAGUGAUAUCUUAGCCGUAUCCUAUGGCAUUUAUUCUUAUCAGGCGGCGAAAUUACCUUCCACCGGUGAGGUAUGCAUUUGGAGCAUUAAAAAUCCUUGUGAUCCGGAACGUUACUAUUUCUACAACUACCCCGUGGUGGCAUUGGAAUUUUCACCCUACAUGCCGAAUUUAUUGGCCAUUGGACUUUUCGAUGGUUCAAUUGAGGUGCGGGAUAUAUCAAAAUUUAGUCAGCCUCCUGUGGCAAUAUCACAACGUAGUUCCUCACCUGGAGUGGAUCCAGUAUUAGCAAUUAAAUGGAUAAAACAAGGUGGCAAUUCCGAUGACGAUGGUGUUGAUGAUAUCGAUCCCUUUCUUUCGCUAUCACAAGAUGGUUCUGUUACGAGAUUUCACAUAAUACGUGGGCCUUAUUUACUGGGUAAUAAACAAAUGUCUUUAGAGCGCAUUGAAGGUAAACCAGAAGGCUUGCCGGUUACGGUGUUAAAUGCUGCUACUCAGGAAGCCAAUCCACGACCACAAUGCUUGAAUUUGACAAAACAUCCAUUACACGCGGAUAUUUAUUAUAUUUUAACGGAUGAGGGUUGUCUGCAUAAAUGUUCAACAAAUUAUCAACAUCAUUAUUUGGAAGUAUUGAAAACUCAUAAGGGCGCUGUUAAUUGUAUGGAUUUUUCCCCAUGGUCGCCUAAGUUGUUUCUUACAUGCGGCAAUGAUUGGUUCAUUCGAAUAUGGAUGGAGGGAAUUUUCAAGCCUCUCAUAACCCUACAAAAUAUGUAUGGUCCCUAUCAAUGGGCUGGUUGGAGUCGUACACAUUCUACAAUACUGAUUGCACUAAAUCGAAAACAAUGCGAAAUAUGGGAUUUAAAAAGGAGUACUCUGAAGCCAGUCUCUGUACACAAAUUGGGUUCGUCUUACAAUACAUUGGCACUAUUUUCACGUGAUGGUAAUUCCAUAGCCAUUGGCAAUGAACGUGGUAAAGUUUUUCUCCUGGCAUAUGAGGAGAUGCCAUUUGCACCCCAUUACCAAUACGAUGCACUCGAAAAGGCAAUAUUUAAUGCUGUUAACAAUUUUCCCGAAUUGUUGAUUGAAUUGAAAAGUUUGGGUUAUUUUGGUUAUCCCAAUAAGGGUAUGGUUAUACCACCUUAA